GUUGUUGUAAAGGAUUUCAGGGGCACAUGUGCAAAGACUAUUAGACUGACACCAAGGCCAAACGUGACAAUGGCAGAGUCUCCAGACUCAGUAUCCUCGUUACCAUCAUGUCGUUUAUCGGCUCAGUUCUCCUUAUCUGCUACCUUUACCUCACCGGUACUGUUUUCUUCGAUGGAAUGCACUAUCUGCUCCAUCGCUGGGCACGGUCAGAGUGGAAGCUCCUGCGCCAGCUCUCCCGCUACCACCAAUACCACCACCUUUACUACGGCCGCUUGCUCCAGUUCAACCCCAAGUACAGCCGUCUGAAUGCACGAAUCGCCCUCCCGCUUGAGCUGGUCUGCCAGCUGUUGGGGAGCGUUCUCGGGUGGUUGCUUGCGAGAGCGGUCUGCUUGUCCCCGAGUGGUCAUUCCGAUCGCAGGGCUCUGCUCCUCGUCCUGCUGGUCCAAACGGGGCGUGCCCUAACUGUGAUCCUCAAUGACGGGAAGGACUCCAACCACAUCUCCUACGACACAGUCCCCAAAGACCGGAGCUGGGCCUUCGUGGGCCCCGAGUAUCAUGCCCUGCACCAUCAUUACCCGGAUAAAUACAUGGGAUCGGCGAUCAAGCUCUUCGACUGGGUAGCGGGGACGGCAUACUCUCUUCGCGGCAAGACCGUCGUUAUGGUCGGUGGCUCCGGAGACUUUGGGCAGGCGAUGGAGAAGCAUCUCCUCGAGGAACGGGUCAAAUGCAUCUACAAGCAGAAUGUCCAGCCAAGCUGCUCGCAGCAAGACAUCGCCCGCCUUGUCGCCAUGCUGGAAGAGGCGGACAUUCUCAUCCUCGCGCACGACACGCAAAGGAUAGACGGCACAGUGCCAAACUCCAUGUCGUUAGUCCGGAUGAUUCAGGAGUUUCUGCGAUUCAAAGCGACACGCAGAGCCAAGGUCCUCCCGGAGAUCUGGCACGUUGAGUGCGAGUCGGAGCUGCCCCGGCCGUGGGGAGUCAUCCAUCGCCAACAAGAUUCCGUUCCAGCCAAGUCAUCCUUCCUGCCCUAUGCUCGCUCCCUUUAUCGGACCUCGCAAGUCACCUACCGUCAUAUCGUGCUUCCAGCAUACCACCACUCGACAGCGAGGUUCAUGGUGUCGCCUAAUUGGCUUGUCUGUGUGGCACUGUGGUGGAUCCGCCGGGGAGCUCAUUUUGUUCCGGUGACUUGGACCGGGCAGGCGUAUUUGCACUUCCUGCCGCUCUUGUUUGGGGAUGCGGUGGAUAUUGAUUGCGUAGACGAGAGCAAGGAUACGCGCAAUGAAUUUCCUGUAUGGAAAGCAGACGAGCUGAGGUGUAUUCACGAAGGGGAAGAACACUGCAUUGUCCGGACUUAGAAAUCCCUUUCUUAUCAUUGAAUCAAAGCACACUUACCAU